AUGGCCGACACCAAUGGCAUUGCGACCACACAGCUUCAGGAUAAGCACCGCGAAAGAAGCUCUGCCCUGGACAUACACGAGGCCAUCUGGGAUUCCAGAAUCGAUAUGACCUCUUCGGAAGAUGGUGUCCGGAAAGACGAGAAAGAGAUACCGGGCGCAUUGCAGCAGGUAAUGACUACAAAUGAACAGGUCCUGUCGCAUAUCUUUAUCUGGUUACUGGUCUUCGCACUCGGAUUCUCCAACAGUAUCUUCAGAGUCCUCACCCCUUAUGUCGUCAGCGACUACAAGAAACACGCCCUGACAGCGACCACCGAUGUCGUUGCUAAUAUUGCCAGUGGCAUCUUCAGACUUCCGUAUGCCAAGCUGCUUGACGUUUGGGGCCGGCCCCAGAGCCUAUCCCUCAUGGUCUUGUUUACAAUCCUUGGUGCAAUUAUGAAGGCUGGCUGCAACAAUGUCGAAACCUACUGUGCCGCUCAGGUGUUUUACUAUGUAGGAUACUAUGGCAUUCAAUUCAGCCUCGUUAUCUUCAUUUCCGACUCUGCUCCUAUUAGGAACCGAGCUCUUCUCUUUGGCAUCGUCUGGUCUCCAUCACUCAUCUCGACUUGGGCAUACGGACCUACUGCCGACCGGAUCUUGACAAACCUUGGAUAUAGAUGGGGGUUUGGAGUGUGGUGCAUCAUCAUUCCAAUCUUUUGCGCUCCUGUACUUGCCCUGAUGUUUCGCUUCGAUAAGAAGGCAAGGCAAGCCGGCUUGAUUAAACGAACAGAGCAUGGCAAAACUAUCACUGAGCGCAUCAUCUUUUAUUUCAAAGAGUUUGACAUCCUUGGACUGCUCAUUCUUGCUGCCGGCCUGAGUCUGCUUCUCCUGUCGCUAAGUAUUUAUUCUUACCAAGACGAGGGUUGGGGUUCGCCCUUGAUCAUCUGCUUUCUGGUAUUUGGUCCUCUACUGAUCAUAACCUUUAUCCUCUACGAAGUGUAUCUUGCACCUGUCACAUUUCUCUCGUCACGGUUGCUAAAGGAUCGGACUGUUGUCUGGACCAACAUCAUGGCUACAACACUCUAUACCUCCGAGUUCAUCUGCUCGGCGUAUACAUACUCAAUGCUCAUUGUGGUCUUUGACCAAUCCAUCACCGCUGCCACCUAUAUCAACAGCAUCUACUACGUCGGUUCUUCUUUCUGGACGGUAGUCCUUGGGUUCAUGAUGCGCUACUACAGACGGAUAAAGAUAUACACCUUGGUCCUUGGUAUUCCAUUCUUUAUUCUUGGCCAAGGUAUGAUGAUUGCAUUCAAGCCUGGAUUUACACCCAUUGGUUUGAUGGUUGUUUGCAAAAUUCUCGUUGCGUUUGGUGGUGGCACCAUGUACCCCAUCGAGCAGAUAACGCUUAUGGCUGUUUCUCAAGAACAUACGCCAGCACUUCUGGCACUGGAGUCUGUCAUCAUCGAUGUUGGCAAGGGUGCUGGAUCAGCCAUUGCCACUGCUAUCUGGACCGGUAUGUUCAAAAACAAAUUGGCUGAGUAUCUACCUACAAGUGAGCUUCGAAGACUCAAUGACAUCUACGGAAGUCUCGAUGCUCAGUCCUCUUUUCCAAUUGGAAGUCCUGCGAGAAACGCCAUUAACCAUGCUUACCUGGACACUCAACGUGUGAUUUUUAUCUCCGCUACCUCGCUCUUGGCCCUCACCUGGAUUUCCAUUCUGUUCUGGAAGGACUACGAUGUCAAGAAGAUGAGUAACCUUCGAAAAGGCAUGCCGGUCUAG